AUGAUUUAUCAGGAGAAAUUGACGGAAUUGUCUCCCUACGCGCGGAAUUCGAGGCCGUUGAAAUUACCCCCGGUCGCGUAUGAACACGGCGCGGCGCGGGGCGAAGACCGACCGGUGCCAACGGAAAUGAACUCGGCGCUAAACAACGUCGUUGAAAAAUACGAGUCCAUCAUCAAAAACUCCACUAGGUGGGUCUACACAUCCUUGGAGGCCUACAAGAACAUGGAAAAAGUCGGCAGUAAUUUCUUCGCUCAGAACAAAGACUUGACAAUUUAUCCGAAUUGGCGCGGAUGUUCGAAGGGAUUUUUCAAAGUUGAUGGGAUGAGUUCCUGCUUCGCCUGGUUGACCUGCGAAGAUCUCAAGGAUAUUAAAAUCGAGAGAAGAAUCAAUCAUGGACUUGGGAAAGAAGUAUUCGAAGCUGACUGGAAUGGAAAUACCGUUGCGUAUGUUCGGCUCAGGCCGGAAAGACUUCAUCAAGAACCCAUUCGUUCACGCGUGAGAACAGGGAUUGAGAACUUGAUACGGCUGAAUCCGUCCCCCUAUGUCACCCAAGUACUCGGAUACUGCUUCGAGGGGCAGAACUCGAUAAUGAUCUCUGAGCUGGCUCCACUUGGAGAUUUACGGGAUUUCGUCGGUUCUCAGAAUUACGCCGAGCUUGACCGUCUGGGACGCCUUGGAGUUGUCAUUCGUCUUGCACGAGUUUUCGCUUUUAUGCAUAACUCGCCCAUCGGAAAACGAGUCAAUUGCGAUAUGACUAAGAUAACUCGAGCGCUGAGUCAAUUCCUGGUCACUUCGGACUUCCGAAUCGUCGCUAAUGAUCUUGAUGACCUGCCACUGGUGAACCGAGAAGAGAACAAACUUGCCAACUGCACUUGGGGAAAAAUAGAAGAUCGUGACCCGAUCUUUCAAGCGCCCGAGGAGCGACUCCAUCAUACGUCCAUACCAAAUCCUUUUGACGAAAAAGCAGAUGUUUGGAAGCUCGCGAACAUGACCUACACAAUCAUGUAUCGGUCGGUCUCACCAUCCAAAAAGAAAGGAAUCGACGAGCUAAUGGCUCCGCUGGAAGAUUUUCUCGGCCGCUGCCAGUCUCAAAAUCCCGAUGAUCGACCAACUGCAAAAGAAGUUGUCAUCGAAUUAAUCGAGCAAUACAAAAAAGCAGCCAAUUUCCUUUGA